AUGUGUAAUUACACGACGUUUUUAACAUAUAUUUUAAAUAAAAACGAAUCUGUGGAUUUGAUAGAACACAGAAGAGGGCUGGAAAAAAACCAUAAAACACUUGAAAUGGGCCUAAAAACACUCUCGUACCUGUUGUGUGUUAAAUCGGAAGAAGAGCCCCCGGAGAGAAAUCACGCUUACCAAAUCUGUGAGUAUUUUAACGGAGACCCGCCUCAAAGGAUAGUAAAUCUGCUGAGUGGCCUGGAAGAAAAGAAAGUGGAAGAGGUGGUACUGGAGGUGGCAAAGUUGCUGGAGGCGAACGCAGGAGUGGGACUGCAGCCAAUACUGUCGAAGCUGCACUUUGAAGUGAAUCCCAAGGAGUUCUACUCGAGAACAGUGGUGCUGCUGUUGAAUUUGACAGUAGCAGCACACAGAAGGUUCAGAAACUCGUUUGGAUCGGAGGAAAACCUGAGGUUCACGGAGGAGGACAGAAGAAGUUUCGAAAGCGUGCAGGAAUGGAAGGAGGAAGUGUUUGGAAAUAACGUGACAUUUACACUGUGUAAGCUGACGCUAGCAAUGUGUGUGUUUGGAACAGAUGAAGCGGGACUCUUUGAGAGCUACAAUGACCUGCCGGGAGGGUUGCUGAGCCUGUUCCCGAAUGACCUGUGGAUAUACGUGCUGGGAUCGUACCCGGUGCUGUGCUUCGACAGCACGUACCUGCUCUCAAUAAAGGCACGAGGAAAGUACGUGACAGUGAUAUCGGACCAGUGUUACGAGCUGAUACAGAAUCUGGUGGCGUGCCAGAACUUUAACAUAUACCUGUACGACCAAAUGGAAAAUUUCGGCACCGACGUGGACCACACAGUUAACGUGCUGGUGAUGAGUAACUGGAUAGACUACCUGUACAAGUACGCGCAGAGUAAAGUGGCAAUGUGCAACAACAAGGACAGGACGCAGUGCAAGAUAGUGAGGAGCUGGCUGUCUAAGCUGCUGAGUAACAAGCUGGUGCUGACGAUGAUCGAAGCAGUGUUCAAAUACAACAGCAACAUGUGCAUCAACACGCUGGUGAAGCUGGCGGAAGUUAACGAUAGCAUAGUGUUCCUGCAGCAUAUGCUCUUCAAGAGGGAAAUGAGGGAUAACGUGAGGCUGGGGAUCCUGAGCAGGCUGAACCUGAGUAUAAUAGCGAAGGACGCACUGAGCACGGCGAGCAUAAUGAACUACCUGAUCAGAGGACUAAAGACGGCAGAAAAGGGAGACUACUACAGAAUAUGGAAAAGGUACCUGAAGGACUACGCUAACGUGGAGCACAACAGAGGAGUGGUGGACGGGUUGCUGGAGCAAAUGAUGGACUACCUGGUUAACGAAAAGUACGAGCACCUGGAGUUCCCGCCGGAAGUGUUCAGGUCGGACGUGAGGAGAGUAGAUGUGAAGGAGAAGAAGUUCAUGGAGGAGAGAAUGGAGGCGCUGAAGCUGAGAAACAUGCUGAGGAGGCUGGUGGAGGUGCUAGGCUUCGAAAAACACAGAAGUAAGCUGGUGAGGAGCAUAGAGGAGGGGUACGAAACGGCGAAGAAGAGUAAGCACAGCAACGAGGACCUGGCGAAAAUAGAGUUCGCAAUGUACCUGAUCUACGCACUUAAGAUGGAGGCGAAGUACGGGAACAUAUACGAGAUGAGCGUUAACAACGGAUACAUGCUCUUCUACAAGUACCUGAGAGCAAUAGAAGGGUACGUGGGAAGUGAGAGUGAGAGUGAGAGUUGGAUGAAUGAGGAAGGAGAAGUAGCAACCCCGGACCUGGAAGAGGAGUACCACAGUUACCUGGUGUACUACUACACAAACAGAAUAAUAGAGCAGAAUAACAAGGAAGUCAUAUUCUUCCUUAACAAUUUCGUGUCAGCGAAAGAAGGGGGAGAAGGGCCGAGGCGAUACAGAAACGCGAAGACAGUGACGCACGCAUUGGAGUCGCUGGCAUCGAAGUACGUGGACAGGCUGGUGCAAAACGUGCUGGACCAGUUCCAAGACUCGGCAGGAAACAACUCGAGCACGCUGAGACUGUACCUGAAGCAGGCGUCGCUGUACGUGAGAGUGUACGAGUUCCUGCACAAGAAUAAGGCGACCCAGGAUAUGGCUAGAGAGUUCGGGACCGGGGAAGAGGCGUCGAGCAGCGGCGAGGCAGUGAGCAGGUACAUAAAGCAGUACAGCAAGGUGGUGCCGAAGGCAAUGGGAAUACUGAUAAAACAGCCACACCUGUUGCUUAAGUACCCGGAGCUGCUUAAAGUGCCGCUGGCACACAGAACGAAGGACCUCCUCAAAAUACUGGACUUCAGCAGAGAGUUGACGGGAGUAGCCCUGGAAGUGCUGCUAAACAGCUUCAAGUACCUGGGAGAAGAGUACGUGAAGCCGGUGAAAGAGUUCGUGGUAGACCUAUCGGAGAAAAUGACGUCGGAGGGAGAGUGGAGCCUAUCGCAUGUGGCGCUGUUUGAGAAGCUGGUAAGACUGGUGACAAAAAUGGUCGCCUCCAAAAAGUACCUUAACGGACUAAUGAGCGAAGAACAAGGGUCGGAAUCGCUUAAGAAGACAAUAGUCGUGGCAAACAGGCUGGCAACAGAGGAAUCACGACUGAGAAUAGCAACAAAUAAGAUGAACAUAGCAAUAGUGGACACGUUGCUGAGUCUGAGAGGAGUAGGAGAAAAAGGAGAGGAAAGGAGGGAACUGAGGACACAAGAGUUCGCAACAAAGGAGCUGGAGCAGCUGCUGACGAGCCAGUGCGGAAAGUUCGAGAUCCUGGACGAGAAGAGGGAAAGCAGACUGGCGCUGGGAGCACUGAGCGACGGUAACACAUUAGCCAAUAUGGUCAACGGUACAUUAUCCAGCAAAGACAGUGGUACAGGAAUAAAUAAGGAAAAUGGGUCAAAAGUAGACCAAACCUAUAAAAUAGGAAAUGUAGAGGAAAGAAAAAGGAAAAGGGAAAGCGAGGAAAAGGGACUGUUCGAAAACCACCUGAUACACUGGAACCUGGUGACCGAAGAGUGUAUGGACGCACUGGAGUUCAUAGCGAAGAUGUACAUGGGAUUCCAGUACCUGCCGCAAACGAAGCUGCUGCUAAUAUCAGAGUACUUCUUCUUCCACGGAGCGACGAUGACGAACAUGGAAAGCAGAGAGAUAAAGAGAAGACUUCUGUCAGGAAACAACACGGUGAAGUGGGAAGCGUCAACGUUCAUAUACGAGUUUAACAAGGCGAAACAGAAGAAGGCAUACACAUGA